GUACUUGGACUCGUUGACUAUGCGGUGUCAGAUUGCGCACUAGAGGUUUGGGUUUGCGUCUCGGAUUGGGACAGCAGCGGGGGGCUUUGCGCACGGUGCUGUCACAAGGCCUGGAGGGUGUUGUAAGCGGUGCGCACGCGUUUCUUUGAGAGGAUGGACUGCUACACUAAUCACUCACUGAACCCAUAGGUGGCCAGUAUUGGAGCAGAGGAUAAGGUGUUUCCCAGCCACUCAACACUAGAUUUGGCUUUAUGUAAUUUUAACUUUUUACACAGGUAUUUUUUAUAGCCUAACUUUAAUCUUUUAUAUCUUUUUAUUGUUGCCAUCAUGGUUAAAAGCCAAAAUCCCGACAAAUAUCCCCUUGUGACUGGAGUGACUGCGAGGAGCUACAGCGCAGCAAGCGCACGCAUAGACGUUGUUCCAGACAAGAAUGUGGAUGUGAAGCAUUGCCAUGACAACAGUCGUGCCAAGGAGGACCGUGAGGUGGAGAAGAAAGUGGCAAGAAGGAGGCUCUAUGUGGUUUCCAUCAUCUGCCUGGUCUUCAUAAUAGGAGAAAUCCUGGGGGGGUAUUUUGCGAGCAGUCUGGCGGUGAUGACGGACGCAGCUCACUUAAUGGUGGAUUUGAUGAGCUUCAUCAUCAGCCUCGUGUCUCUGUGGCUCUCCUCUCUCCCGGCCACACACAAGCUGAGCUACGGUUGGCAUCGAGCAGAGAUCCUGGGAGCGCUCCUGUCUGUUUUCACUAUCUGGCUGGUCACUGGUGUGCUGGUUUAUCUGGCAGUGCAGAGACUGAUCAGUGAUGACUACACCAUUGAAGGCACCAUCAUGCUAAUAACCUCCGCAUGUGCUGUGCUGGCCAAUAUCAUAAUGGCUUUGACCCUGCACCAAUCGGGACACGGCCACAGUCAUGGAGGUCUGAGCUCUCACGGACACGGACACAGCCACAGUCUCAAAACCAACUCCACAAAGUCUCUCACGUCUAAAUCCAACCAAGACCCAGAUCUGGAGCAAAACCACAACCAGGGACACAGGGCUCAGCAGGCCAAUGCCAGUGUGCGAGCCGCGUUUGUUCAUGUGGUGGGGGAUCUACUCCAGAGCCUCAGUGUCCUGGUCAGUGCCAUCAUCAUCUUCUUCAAGCCUGAAUACAAGAUCGCUGACCCCAUCUGCACUUUUAUCUUCUCCAUAUUGGUUUUAUGCACCACUUUCACAAUCAUUAAGGACAUCGUUGUUGUGCUGCUAGAGGGUAGUCCGGGCGGGGUGCAGUACAGUGAAGUGAGGGACCGCCUGCUGGCCGUGAAGGGCGUUACAGCCGUCCACAACAUGCACAUCUGGGCCCUGACCAUGAACCAGGUUCUGCUCACUGCACACGUGGCUAUAGAUGAAACAGUUGAUGCUCAGGUGGUCUUGAGAGAGAUGACACAGGCGUGUUACUCCUCGUACAACUUCCACUUGAUCACCAUUCAGAUGGAGAGACAAGCCGACCUCAAACCAGGCUGCCCACUUUGUGAAGACCCCAAAAAGUAGAUUUAAAUCCCCUGUCCACAUGUACAUGACAAUCUCUAUGUAUUUAAACUUUUAACUAAUCUCACAUGAUCUGUAUAUCAUGUAAAUAGGGUUGGGUAAUAUUACAAAAAAACAUGUGGUUCCAUCUCAUUUUUAAAUUUUAUUUUGUCCUAUUAAAAACUAAUAAAAAUGGCUUUUGAU